ACCAUCAGAUUGCAAUCCGGCCCGAGGAUCAACACAAAACCGCAUUUCAUACCAGGUACGGUCUAUACGACUUUGUGGUGAUGCCUUUCGGCCUUUGCAAUGCUCUUGGCACCUUUCAACACGCUAUGAAUCGGAUAUUCGAUGACUACUUGGAUAAGUUUGUCAUCGUGUACCUCGAGGACAUACUUAUUUUUAGUAAGACUGUCGCGGAGCACGUUGCGCACUUGGACAAAGUUCUCAGUCUCCUGCGACAGCACAAGUUCAAGAUUAACGAUGAGAAGUGCGAGUUUGGCCGCACCCCUGUGUUGUACUUGGGUCAUGAGAUUUCUGCAGAAGGGUCGAAGCCCGAUGACCCGAAGGUGGCCAACAUUUGUGAUUGGCCGCGUCGUCAGUCUGUGACUGAGAUGAGAUCUUUCUUAGGAAUGACCGGCUACUAUAGCAACUUCGUGACGAACUACAGCAUAGUUGUCGCCCCUUUGACUGAUCUGACCCGCCUUGACACCCAAUGGGAAUGGAUUGAGAGAUGCGAGGCUGCUUUCAGACAUAUGAAGCAUGCGUUGACGCAUUACGAAGUCUUUGACGCUCUCAAGCGUUGGAUCGAAGUCAUUGAGCAGUAUGACUUUGAGCCUCAGUAUAUCAAGGGCGAGUACAACAAGGUUGUUGACGCCUUGUCGCGUAGACCAGAUUUCUUAGGUGCUCUAAUUGCUGAGUUCAAUCUUGCGGACAAUGUUACUCGGUCUUUGGUGGAAGCCUAUCCCGAGGACCCGUUUAUGGCCGCGAUCAUACGCAGACUCGAGGCGAAGGACAAAGGAACUUCUGCCGAGUUUGAGUUGGUCAACGGCCUGUUGUUCCUUGAGAAGGCAGGGAAUAAACGAUUGUGUGUGUCUAAUAGGGAGUCUUUGCGUAGUUUAUUUUUAGGUGAAUGUCAUGAUGCCACAGGACAUUUUGGGUUCAAGAAGACUGCGGCUAAUCUGCUGCAGCAGUUCUGGUGGCCACAUUGAUGAAAGAUGCUAAGUUGUACAUAGAGACUUGUCAGGUCCGUCUCAGAGACAAACCACGUACUCGGGCUCCUCUUGGGCUCCUGAAGCCCCUUCCGAUUUCGGAAGGGCCUGGUGAGAGCCUGUCCAUGGACUUCAUGGAUACACUGGUCACCAGCAAGAGUGGAAUGCGCUACAUCCACGUCAUUGUGGAUAGGUUUAUAAGUUUGCUAGAUUAGUUGCAAUGCCGGCAACAGCUAAAACGGAG